UCCAUGGCCAAAGCCAAUAAUUCAGAAGUGACUGAAUUCAUCCUCUUGGGACUUACAGACAGUCCAGAACUUCAAGCCCUUCUUUUUGGUAUCUUUCUAGUGAUCUACUUUAUUAGUGUAAUGGGUAAUCUUGGGUUAAUUAUGCUAGUUAAUAUCAGUCCUCAGCUUCAGACACCUAUGUAUUUUUUCCUCAGCCACCUAGCUUUUGUUGAUUUUUGCUAUACCUCCUCUGUCACCCCUAACACUCUGGUGAACUUCCUCCAAGACAUUAAAAGAAUAAGCUUACUUGCUUGUGCCAGUCAGCUGUGUUGCUUUAUCACGUUUGUGGUUUGUGAAGUGUAUAUGCUCUCAGGCAUGGCGUAUGAUAGGUAUGUGGCCAUUUGUAACCCUUUACUCUAUACCACUGUCAUGAACAGGAGGGUCUGUAUUCAAAUGGUGGUUAGUACAUAUUUGUAUGGUUUUUCUGUGGGACUCCUACAGGCAAUUCUUACAUUCCACUUGUCUUUCUGUAAUUCCAAUAUAAUAAAUCACUUCUACUGUGAUGAUGUUCCCCUGGUUGAUCUGGCCUGUCAUAAAACCCAUUACAAAGAUAUCAAAAAACUGAUAUUAUUCACACUUACUGGUUUCAAUACCCUUUUCUCUCUUCUUAUUGUCCUCAUCUCCUACAUAUUCAUUCUAUUUGCCAUUCUGAGGAUUAAGUCAGCUGAAGGCAGACAAAAGGCAUUUUCUACUUGUGCCUGCCACCUGACUUCCAUCACUAUAUUUUAUGGUACAAUCAUUUUCAUGUAUAUGCAGCCCAAAACAAGCCAUUCGCUGGACACUGACAAAAUUGCCUCUAUUCUCUAUAUUGUGGUAAUUCCUAUGCUAAAUCCUUUAAUAUACAGCCUGAGGAACAAGGAAGUCAAAAAUGCUUUGAAGAGAAUUACUGAAAAAGUGUGUUCUACUGUAAAAUAA